UUGAAGCAGGCAACAGCUACAGCAACAGCCCGCUCCUCACCCAUCCUCCCUUUCCUCUCUCAUAAUCCCACAUCCACGCCGGGGGAGAUGGAGGGCGCCCUGACCCGCUGAGGAGCACUGUUUGAAGGAGAGGGAAAUCUCACCCCCCACCCCCUCCUGCGAGUGCCUGGAUCAUAUCUUUGGACAAUAACCAACAAGGAGUGAAAGGAGGUGUGUAAGCAAACAAGGCUGCCGGCGGGAAGGAGGGAGUAGGAGAGAAAGAGGAGGAUGAGUGACAGGUCUAGUACAGAUGCCAGGCUCUGAGAGUGAGGCGGAGACAGACUGAGGAGCGGAGGACCGGCACGUGUGGAGCAGCGUCUGCAACUUGUGGUGCCAAGAGGAGAGGAAAAUAGAUUUACCUACGCACACAGCUGGACAGAUGAGGAGGCAUCAGGGACCACGCUUCAGUCCUGGGUGUAUGGUGCACUGACCCUGCCUGUGACAGGCGAGGAGUCAGAGGACCAGGGCCAUGAUUGGCUCCCCUGGCCCUGGUGGGCGUGCCUUAGUGCCAUGGCCGAGGGUGUGGGGAUGGCUCCUGGCUUCUUCUCUGGUUGCCAUAAUAACCUUGACACUUCCAGGAAGUAGCCAGGCCUGUCCGCCACGGUGCGAGUGUUCGGCUCAGCUGAGGUCGGUGUCGUGUCAGCGGCGGCGGCUCACCAACAUCCCAGAAGGCAUCCCCACAGAGACACAACUCCUGGACCUCAGCAAGAACCGGCUCCGCUGGGUGCAAGCAGGCGACCUGGCACCGUACCCACGGCUCGAGGAAGUGGACCUCAGCGAGAACCUCAUCGCCACAUUAGAGCCCAAUGCCUUCGCCAGCCUCCCGAGUCUUAAAGUGCUGAAGUUGAGGGGGAACCAGCUGAAGCUAGUUCCCAUGGGGGCUUUCGCCAAACUGGGCAAUCUGACCAGCUUGGACCUGAGCGAGAACAAGAUGGUGAUUUUAUUGGACUACACCUUCCAAGAUCUGAGGAGUCUGAAACAUUUGGAGGUGGGAGACAACGACCUGGUUUAUAUCUCCCACAAGGCAUUCUCAGGGCUGCUGGGUCUGGAAGAUCUCAUAAUAGAGCGCUGCAACCUGACAUCCAUAUCUGGCCAGACGCUGUCGUACCUGCGCAGCCUGGUUACUCUUCGCCUCCGUCACCUCAGCAUCAUUGCCCUGGAGGACCAGAACUUCCGCAAGCUGUCCAACCUGCGGGGCCUGGACAUCGAUCACUGGCCGUACCUGGAGUACAUUUCCCCUUUUAGUUUCCAGGGCCUGGACCUCCGCUGGCUCUCCAUCACCAAUACCAACAUCACCUCCGUCCCCUCCGCUUCCUUCAAGAACCAGGUGCACCUCACCCACCUCAACCUGUCCUACAAUCCCAUCACCACACUGGAGCCCUGGGCCUUCAAGGACCUGCUGAGGCUGAAGGACCUCAUCAUGGUAAGCACAGGGUUGGUGACAGUGGAGCUCCAUGCCUUUGGAGGCCUUCGACAGAUCCGGGUCCUCAACUUCUCCUCCAACGACCUGCAGACUUUGGAAGAGGGCUCCUUCCACUCUGUGAACAGUCUGGAGACCCUCAGAGUGGACGGGAACCCCCUGAUGUGUGACUGCCGUCUGUUGUGGAUCCUGCAAAGACGCAAGACCCUCAACUUUGACGGCAGAGUGCCGGUGUGUGCGGGGCCGGUGGAGGUGCAAGGGGUCAGCCUGAACACCUUCACCGAUUCUGCACUCUUCGAUCACUUUACAUGCCAGAAACCUAAGAUUCGCAACCGUAAGAUGCAGCAGGUCGUUGCUCGUGAAGGCCAACCUGUGAGCUUUCUGUGUCGAGCUGAAGGAGAACCUGCACCUGCUAUUAUCUGGAUUUCCCCACAGCGCCGGCGGAUCACAGCUAAGAAUUCAGGGCGCAUUACUGUCCUCCCGAGUGGCACCUUAGAGAUCCGCUACGCCCAGCUCACUGACAGCGGUACAUACAUCUGCAUCGCCAGUAACGCCGGAGGCAAUGACACCUACUUUGCCACACUCACAGUGCGCAGCCACCCGCUAGAUGCUGCCUCAGCCUUCUUUCUCAACCGCUCACUGUACGGCGGCGAGUUCUUCAACGACACAAAUCUGAACAGCACGCGUGUUUUCCUCAAGUUCACGUUGGACCUGACGACCAUCUUGGUCUCCACGGCCAUGGGCUGCAUCACCUUCCUGGGGGUGGUGCUCUUCUGUUUCCUGCUGUUGUUCGUGUGGAGCCGGGGACGCGGCCAACGCAAGAACAACUUCACAGUGGAGUACUCCUUCCGGAAAUCUGAACCUGUCACUGGUAGCUCCUCAGGAGGGACCAGGAAGUUCAACAUGAAAAUGAUAUGAAACAACGCAGCCAGGGUUCCCUUGGGGGAGGCAUGAGCACGUCCCAAAAACGUGUUUGACACACGCAAACACACACAGCUACUGACUCGCAAAGAAGGUUGAAAGCACAAUACGUUUCUGUCUAUGGCUCUAUUACAAAUUAAGCGCCCACUUCAAAACUGAAGCUAUUACUCAAUUUAGUUUGUGAAUGAAAAUAAAAUGACCCUGAUCUCACUGUCAGUGGUUUUAUUCAGCUUGUUGUGAAAAUCAUGUCUGAAUAAUACUGUACAAUUUUUUUUAAAGCUAUUUAUGCUUGAUAAGAAUAAAUAGAGUUAAGACUAAAAGAGAUAUGUUUUGUGAAUUGGCAUAUAAACUGAGCUGUGGGACACCGGUAGCCCUGUCUGUCUCUCUCUCUCUCUCUCAUACAAUUAUGAGAUAAUGAAAAAGAAUUCCUCUUUAAUUAAAAUGUCCCUUUACUGUAUUUUGUGCAGUCAGGGAUUUUAAAAUACAUUUGAUGAAGAGAGACCUGGCUACCAUCCAUUUAUAGAACCUCUAUUUAUGCUCUUCUAAAGUCUGCCUGGAUAAGAAUCACGCAUGUUCAAAUGCAAUUAGAAGUUAAGUUGUAAAUUCACAGAAUAAAACAAAUUGUUUUAAAUUGAAUAUGUUUUUCUAUAAAGACAGAUUCCUUUAUUCUUAACAAACUCUAGAUUUGGACCAUUCACAUAAAUUACAAAAACACUUGGCCUUCUCUUCUUUGUGAGAUUUUGCAACAACAUAAGCUGUGUGAGUUUGGGACGAGCGCUCUGACCAAGGGUUGCCGUGGCUGCCCGCGGCCCGGAGGGUUUGGUUAGGAAGUCAAAACCAUCGGACGCGGGCAGCCACGGUAACCACAGCAACCAACACGGUAGAGAGCAAUGGGGACUGGGGCUGAUGGCUGCAGGAGGCUAGCUGGGUAAAUCACAAGCCCCGAUCAUGCUCUUUCAUCAACAGGAGAGGGUCAACCUGCUGGCCUCCGCCCUUUGUCCCGCCCUCUGCUGCGUUGGUGGACGCCUGACCUUCCCAGCGCUGCCAGGGGGGAGCAGCCCGGAGCGUCAGGUCAAACUCAGAGGCAAACAGAGGACACACAGGAACACUGUUGUGGUCUUCACAUCGGAAACAUACAUAGCAACACUAUCAUAGCACCUUUUCUCAGGAAAAGUGAAAUAACUAUCCUACAGAGUGACACACAUGCUCUUUUUAAAUAUUACAUUCCAGCAAUACUGUAAGUAGAGCCAUAAAGCCAACAUUAAUGUAAAUGUUUGAGUGAAGAAACAAAGCCAUAGUAUGUAUAGGUGGUUUUUUAUACGGUAGCUUGUGCAUGAUUCUGUUAAAUGAUAAUAAUUAUUGCUACUACCAUUUUACAAGUUGGUGUGAUGAUCACAAGACCAUCUGCUGUUGCUGGGCUUGCAAAAAGUUGCACCCUGCAAGCCCAUAACACACACACACACACAGACAUCACACCACACACAGGAGUGCUAAAACCUCAUCAAGGUUCCUUGGAUUGAUAGGAAGAACAAUCACAGUUACACAUGCAUAAACAUACAGAUUGAUGAAGUGCCACAGCAAAGUGUGACGCGUCUGCUCUCUGUUUGCCUCUGAGACGGUCAGUGUGCGAAUGUCUCUGCCCCCCUAGCCCAGUGCAUCCCCCCUACUCACCCCUAACACCCCCACACACCCCCACUGGGUCCUCCUUUGGGAGGGGUCCCUGGCUGGAGACCGAGGAUUAUAAAAUGUAAAUGAAGUCGUGUUAACCCUACCCACGCCAUGUGCGUCGUAUAGUGGAGAGUAGUACUGUGGUUUUAAAAACAAAAAACAACAAAAAACUUAAUUUGAAGUGUUCUUUUUGUCCUCCAUUUUUAUUUUACUCAGUUGUUGUUCUCCGUGACCUUUUGGCUGUUUACCGUUUUAAUGUUCCCCAUCCUCCAUGUGGGACUGUUCUGUUCUCAACACCUAAUGAAGUCUCCACACACUGGACAGUGCUUGUGUCUGUUUGCAUCUCAGAGUGCAUAACAGGAAGCAGACAUCAAGAUGAGACAGGAUCUAAAGCGUCGUACACUAACCAAGAGUCACAGGGUAAAUUGGUGAGUCACCAGAUGGUCGACAAAAAAAGAAAAGAAAAAUCAAGAUGGUCUAUUUUUCUGAUUAUCUGGGAAUAAUUGAAAUAGUUAAAAUACUAAGUUUUACAUCUUCUGGUUUUCUUUUUAACUUAGCCUCUUUAUAACCUAACCUAUAGUUAAAGGUAUGUAUUACUACAGAUGAACAUGUCACUGUUUAUAGAACACUAAUGCUAGCUCGCUUAUAUAUGACUUACUCACAGUGAAGAGUAAAAGAGGUGACUGAAAUACUCGAAGCUGAGACAUAACACUAGCAUUACAAGAUAUUACGCAUCAUUUUAAACUUCAUAAAUGUUACUUACCUAAUGUAAAUUAACUAAAAAUCUAUUUACACCUUACUCACAUGAAAUGGCAACCUUGUUUCCCAAAUCACUCUUUUGAAACUAGCUGGUAGUGAAUAAGAGUUUAUGAAGGACACUGCACACAAACGUAGGGACUGAUUUAUGAAAAGCUGUUGCUAUCAAAUGAUUGACGUGUGUGAGAACAAAUGUCUUCAGUUUCAGGAGUCCUUUUGUUAUAGUUACUGGAAUAACUAAUCCUAACUAUACCUACAGCAAAUGUAGAACCUAUUUAGACAAAUGUGUAGUUUGCCCAGAGAGAACCAUAAACUCUUCAAACUUUUGCAAAAUAAAUUCUGAAACUCAAUCUUUGUCCCUUGUGAGCGGUGAUGAAACCACAGUUUCUGUGUCAGGAUGAAUAACUCAACAGCUGUUAAAGAUUCAUGAGCCCAACGAGAAUAGAAGAAACAAAUUGGCUCAGCCUGUUUUAUUUUUUAUUUUACGGUCACAGCCCAUUUGAGUGUUGAGAACAGGACGUCUCAUCAUGGACCUUUCCUCUCCCCCAGCCAACCCUUUUGUGUUUCCAUGUCCCGGUAUUUCUUAGUAGAACAUAGGGUUUAGAAGACAGUGAGAAUGUCUGUAUAGUGAUCGUUGAUGGUGUUAUUGUGCAAUCAUCAAUCACAACUGUAAGCGUAGAUGAGGGUGUGUUUCGUUUUAUUAUCUUCCUACCCUUUACUGUGCUCCUCCCCUCUUCCUGUUCCCUGUCUUCUUAACAUGUCCACCCCUCGUUGUCCCUGUUCACAGUAUUAGGCUGGAUUAUGGUUGUGUGGUAGUAGACACGUACAUGUGGUCGGUGACUCAGUGUUGUCGUGUUAUGAUUAGUUGCUCCUCAUGAUACCAUCAAGCACGGAGCAUUGAUUGGAUCAGUGGAGACAAAAGAUGAAAGGGGUGACCCAGGUUCCCUAAAAAUAAGAAAAAUAACCAUUGGUUCUCAUUUCACGCCCUACUCAUUCCUGAAAAAACACUUCUGGAACUUUCCCGUUCUGGGAUCUUUGUCCGGAUAUGAACCAAACGGACUGUACUGUAUGUAUUUUCUCUGAUGAUAUCUCGCCACACUUACAAAUGUUGAAAGGGGGUAUGUGUUGUUUUAAUACCGUGACUCUCGGCCUACACUCACUUUCUGCCAACUGUGGUUCACUUUUUGUCAAGGACACAGCUCAUUCACUGAAAAUAGACAUGUUCAUGUUGGUCAGGGUUGAAAAUACAGUAAGUGCUUGUAACUAUUCAAGCCCCACAAGUCCUUGAAAACUAGCUUCAAUUAGAUCUAGUACCACAGGCUUCAGAAACACAUUAAACAUUUUAAUUGAUGGACCCUUAGCCAAACAUUUUUUCAGCAGCUCUUUAUUUAUUUUUUUAGGGUGCCAGUGCACACGGCUUUGCAGCCAAGUCAUCGCCUCUCUCUGGUUGACAGACUCUCAGUGUUUGUAGUGAAGCUUGAGCUUGAUUCAUCUCCUCUGCCGUGAUACUUGAGAAAGUAGGCUGAGCAAUCCCCCGUUUCCUCCCCCGCCUCACCCUUGCCUGGGGUGUACUUUAGUCUAGACACCCCAUUUAAAGCAGCAGCAACCUCACUUUUAGGAUACCUUUCACAGGGGAACUUGUCAAAGACGCAGACUAAAAUAAUCUAACGUCAAAAGUCAUGCCGUCAUUACCAGAUUAGUUAUUCAGUUUUUUAUUUAUGUAACAGUUUCCAAUGCAAUAUUUCCAAUAUUCCAUUUUUGACAAUCUAAUGAAGAAAUUCCUAUAUUUCUCAACUGAAAGAGCAGUCUUAGUUUUGCUAUCACUAUUAUCCGAGGAGACUGCAUUCCUACAUGCAUUCCUUUGGUUCUCCUGUUACUUCUUACUCCAUAUUAGCUCUAAAUAAAUCCAUCUCCUCCUCCAGAUCUUACAGCUGCUGUUUUGAUUGGAUUAGACUUGAGUUGAAUUAUCGGAGCUGAGAGGAGCAGUAAUGGGAUGACGAAGAAGUGAGCUCAGCUGAUUGGGUCAUUACUUGGCUUAUUAGUCCCAUUUCCAUAACAGACCUCUCAGAGCAGUGUGCCACUUAAAGCCUGGAGGCUCAAUUCAUGGUGUAAUUGCAUCUUCUUCUUUUUUUUACAAAUUUGUGAGAUAGAAAUAUUAAAAUGGUACUUUCCUUUAAUUGGACAAAAAAUAUGGUUUUGGAGAGCAGUCAUCGUAAACAGAUUCAGGUUUAAUUAGACGUGUGGUAGAGCAUUACUGAAGGAUUGUCUAAAGCACCUUGAACAGCACAACUGCUUCAUCAUAACCUUGACCAAACAAUUGCAACUGCCCCCUCCCCCAUUUUCUAUGUGGCAAUACUGACCCCACGUGGUCAAUGUGAGUAACAGCACCUAAUGGGACCAUUAUCCUGCUGAUGUACCAGCAUCAUUGUAUGUGGUGGGGAAAACAAAAAACAGCUAUGCGUCUCAUGCAGUGAAAGACUAACGAGAGCAAAUUGACUGUUAGAUUCAAAAGUCAGUACUAAACUGAUUUUUUUUAUUAUAGCCAUAGUGUGACCCCCUUCGCGGGCGAUGUUUGCUUGGAGUUAUGAGGAGAGGCCUCCACCUGAAAUCAGAAACAAUUGUUCUGACCUGGUUAGCUGGCACUCAGUCUGUAGAUUAGAAGAGUACUUUCAGACCCCGCCAGUCUCACCCCCUUCACAGAGAUCAGUAACAAACAAAGAUAAGACAUCACCAAUCUUUCUCUGUAUAUGACCAAUCAGAAAAAUGGUCGAUUCCUCUCUAGAGAAAAAAAAAAGCGUUCUUUCUUGUGGUCUUAGCAGGUUUAAUCUAUGCAUGCCUUUUGUAUACAGUGAUUGCUCUUGCCAAACUCUCCCCUACACCUGUACGGAGAGCUAUGGGUGCCAUGUUGCUGGCCAUGGGACUGGUUGAAACCGACUUACUGCAAGAGCAGCUGGGACCAUUACAGUGUUUUUAAUCUGGUACAACAAAGCAAAGGGGCUAAUGAUAACCUGCAUUCAGAGACACAUUAAAGAAGUGUGCGUCUUACAGAAUAAGCAUUUGUUUACUCGGGAUGAUUGUACUUUUACACAUAUCUAUCCACACAGGGGAUGUGUAAGCUGUAGAUAAAACGAUUGAUAUUCCAAGCAGGAUGGUGGGACUGAUCAAUGCUGUAUGGGGAUAGGAUUAUUAAUGGCAUACUUUCAUUGAUCUAUCUUGAACCUUGCCACUCUCCCAGAAUCCCUCUGGAGAAGGAAGAGGCGUUCACAGCUCUUACAGACCUGGUUGGCACCCAUUCCUAGGUUUCCUCAUUACCUUUUAAGAUGAUUUCCCUCUUUAAAGAACGAGAUGGUGCCAGAUUUCAACUUUUCCCCCCAGGUCUUAGCUGAUGUAACGCUGUCUUACCUCUUCCACUCUUCAGAGGAAUCUGUCACUAACGUAUAUAGCUCUGCAUUUGUCGGAACCCUCUAAUAAAAUAUAUAGUCUCUUUCUCAAUUUGGCACGGUAAAAACGUUUUCUCUUCCCUCUCUCUUUUCUCUCUUCUGUCUCACUCUGUCUUUUCUCUCUCUAUCAACUUACUUGGCACCGACCUCGUUAAACAUUUCAGAACACUUUUCAUCGAUCACUCCUAGUUUUUAAGCUAAUGCAUAUUUGUUCCCUGUUGACACGGUCGUUACUGACUCCUGAAACCUAGGAAUGGGUGCUGAGCGCUCCAAUUAAAUGCAGAGCUAACAUAAGUACAAGUUGUUCAGCUUGUCACAUUGAACGGUGUCAACUGAUCAAUCAUUAAAGCAUAUGACGGCCUCAUAAUAGAAGCUGUAACUCAAAUUUGGACUCUAGUUGCAAGAACGUGUGACAGUACUGAUUCAUAACAUUUCGAUUUUGCCCUGCGAUGAGUGGAUCCUUGGAUGGGAAGAACAGAAACUGUACAUAUUAGAUCUUUUAGCCAUAUCAUGUCAUCAAAUCUGUAGACCUCUUUGCCAUGUCUGACAGAGGACAAUGACUGUUGAACUGUAAAUAGUGUAGGAAUAGUAAUAUAAGAUUUAAUUGCUGCUUCUUUUCUCCAGGGAUCCUCCAUGUUUUGCUCAGUCCCAUGGCUGCUUGGUCUCAAAGGGAAGGAUGAGACAAUAAUGUACUCGUCUAUAAAAAAAACAACAACAUAUAAGUCCUUUUUUUAUUUUAAUGUUUGUUUUAUAUACUGUCCGUCUUGUAAAUGAACUCCUUUUCGUCAUAAAAGCAUGAUGUGACUCUGUCAAAA